AUGGAAAGAGUUAAAGAGAAACUUGCUAGUCUUCGUGCUGAAGCUGAACAAGCCAACGCUCUCGCUGAAGAAUAUGAGGCCAAGAUCAAGCAACUUGAACAUGAACACACCAGCAAGGAUCAUGAGCUUUUAUCUAUUCAAAUCCGUGCAAAGAAUUUGGAGGAACAAUUGGAUAAAACCGAAGCUAAAUUACAAACUGUCUCUGCCGAAUACAACGCGGCUGAAGCAAAGGCUGAGGAUGCUGAUCGCAAAGUUGUCAGCCUCGAGGCUGAAUUGGCUGAAAAGGAGCAAUACUAUGAGGAGCUUCUUGAGAAGUACAACGGCGCCAAGUCCGAGUUGGAUGAGUUGGCACGUCAAUUUGAUGAAUUGUAA